UUGAUUACUCUAAGUGAUUACAAAAGAUAUAAAAUGAAUACAUCUCUGAAUUCGGUUCUUCCAACAGAGGAUACAAAUGCCACAAACAGUGACUACACUCCAUACAGCGACCGCAUUGAAACCUACCUUGUGCCCAUAAUAUUUGCUAUUAUAUUUAUUGUAGGAGUAUUGGGAAAUGGUACCCUGGUUGUUGUUUAUGUGAGACACAGAGGCAUGAGAAAUGCUCCAAAUACAUACAUUUUUUCCCUCGCCCUAGCCGACCUGCUCGUAAUUUUGAUUUGCGUUCCUUUUGUGUCGGUCAUAUACACACUUGAGUCAUGGCCGUGGGGUGAGGCCAUUUGCAGGAUAUCGGAGACUGGGAAAGAUAUAAGUAUUGGAGUUUCAGUAUUCACAUUGACUGCGCUAUCAGCGGAACGUUACUGCGCCAUUGUCAACCCCUUCAGAAAACUUCAGCUUCGUAAACUACCUCUAGUAUGUGCUACAAUUAUAUGGGUGGCUGCACUCAUCUUCGCAGCGCCGGCCGCUCUUUUUUCUAAUAUCUCAACUGAAGAAAUAGACGACAAUGUAUCUAUUGUUUACUGUUCUCCAUACCCGGCUACGUGGAAGAAUUAUUCCAAAUGGAUGACUUUGACUAAAGCAAUCGUUUAUUACGCUCUACCGCUUCUGGUGAUCGCAUCCUUCUAUUCGCUAAUGGCUCAAAGGUUAUUGGCCAGUACCAAGGAGAUGCCUGGCGCUUUACACGGUGGGCAGGGAGAAGCUCAAGCUAAGGCGAGAAAAUCUGUGGCCUGUAUGGUCUUGAUUUUUGUUAUUGUAUUUUUUAUUUGCUUCCUGCCAUACCAUGCAUUAGAACUGUGGUGGUAUCUUUCACCGACGGCUCAAAACGAUUAUAAUGACUGGACACACGCUCUCAGAAUAAUCGCAUUUUGUUUAAGUUUUCUGAACUCCUGCGUUAACCCGGUCGCCCUUUACUGCGUGAGUGGUGUCUUCAGGCAACACUUCAACCGUUAUCUUUGUUGCCGACGGAGCGCCCUGCAUCCCACUUGCAGUUCUAGAUUGUCACGGACAGCUAUAUGCGAGACCUCCUUUAGAAGCACCCAACGCCAUCGUUGUAGGAACCCAACAGAAAGUGUGGUGAUAUCGAAUUACGACUACGGUAGCACGAAGAAGAAAAACAACAUCAUAUCAAGGAAUAGUGCUGACGGUGUGACUAUCAUGACAAUAAGAGACCCAAAUGACUUCAUUACGGAUAUAAAUGAAAAAUCUGUUGAUAGAUAA